AUGGCUGACUCUCUAGUCAAUGAAGAAGAGCUGUCCAAGCUGAAAUUGAGCGAGCUGAAAAAGUUAUGCAAAAGAUACAGUUUGCCUACAGCCGGAGCCAAGAUGGAGUUAGUUGCCCGUCUGCUAGAGAACAAGGCUGACAAUCCAACGGAAAACCAGUACUCCUCGAACCUUCGCAGACUGUGCUUCCAAACCUACCACCACUCCACUCAAGUCGCGUGCAGCUACAGUGCCUUCGGCUCCAUCAACGAAAGCUCCUCCGCUUAA